GCUGUCGGCGGUCCUGGUGGCUACAAUUGGGUGAAGCUGGGAGCGACGUAAUAGCCGCGCGCUCACGGGUUCAGACGGUCGCUGUCGCAUUUGCGCACGGAGAGCUGGUUGCCGCUGCGGCCGCCUGGAAUUGUGGGGUUUGUGUCUGCCCCUCGGCUGCCGUGCUGGAAGCCGAAGGUCCCUGACUAUGGUUCCUCAGAGCCUGCCUCCAUCUAGGAUGGUUCCCCUGGGGAUGCUGCUUGGGUUACUGAUGGCCUCCUGCUUCACCUUCUGCCUCAGUCAUCAGAACCCAAAUGAGUUUGCACUGAUCAACUCAGAGAAGAGCAGCACCAAAGAAUCAGAGAGAAAGGAAACCAAAGCAGAGGAGGAUCUGGACACUGAGGUCCUGGAGGUGUUUCACCCGACCCAGGAUUGGCAGGCCCUUCAGCCAGGUCAGGCUGUUCCUGCAGGAUCCCAUGUGCGGCUGAAUCUUCAGACUGGGGCAAGAGAAGUGAAACUCCAAUAUGAAGACAAGUUCCGAAAUAAUUUGAAAGGGUUGAAAAGAGGCAGAAGAUUGGACAUCAACACYAAUACCUAUACGUCUCAGGACCUCAAGAGUGCCCUGGCCAAAUUCAAGGAGGGAGCAGAGGUGGAGAGUUCAAAGGCAAGACAGGCUGAGGUAAAGCGAUUCUUCCGCCCCAUUGAGGAACUGAAGAAGGAGUUUGAUGAGCUGAAUGUUGUCAUUGAAACUGACAUGCAGAUCAUGGUCCGUCUGAUCAACAAAUUCAACAGUUCCAGCUCCAGCCUGGAAGAGAAAAUUGCUGCACUCUUUGAUCUUGAGUACUAUGUCCAUCAGAUGGAUAAUGCACAGGACCUACUGUCUUUCGGUGGCCUUCAAGUGGUAAUCAAUGGGCUGAACAGCACAGAGCCCCUGGUGAAGGAGUAUGCUGCAUUUGUUUUGGGGGCUGCCUUUUCCAGCAACCCAAAGGUCCAGGUGGAAGCUGUUGAAGGAGGAGCCCUACAGAAGCUACUGGUCAUUCUGGCCACAGAGCAGCCUCUCACUGCCAAGAAGAAGGUCCUGUUUGCACUGUGCUCCCUGCUGCGCCACUUCCCCUAUGCCCAGCAGCAGUUCCUGAAGCUGGGGGGACUGCAGGUCCUCAGGGACCUGGUGCAAGAGAAGAGCACAGAGGUGCUGGCUGUGCGUGUAGUCACCCUGCUCUAUGACCUGGUCACUGAGAAGAUGUUUGCAGAGGAGGAGGCUGAGCUGACCCAAGACACAUCCCCAGAGAAGUUGCAUCAGUACCGCCAGGUGCAUCUCCUGCCAGGCCUGCGGGAACAGGGCUGGUGUGAGAUCACAGCCCACCUCCUGGCUCUGCCAGAGCAUGAUGCACGCGAAAAGGUGCUUCAGACGCUGGGAGCCCUCCUGGCCACCUGUCGGGACCUCUAUCAUCAGGACCCCCAGCUCAGCAGGACACUGAGCAGCCUGCAGGCUGAGUACAAGGCACUGGCUGCCCUGGAGCUCCAAGAAGGGGAGGAUGAAGGAUACUUCCGAGAACUGCUGGCCUCCAUCAACAGCCUGCUGAAGGAGCUUAGAUGAGACUCUGGCCCUGAUGCCAGGACUGGACUGAGAUUCUGCUAAUGAGGCUGAGGGCUCCCAGCUAGGUAGCCUUCCAGGGGACAUCAGGCAGGAGGGAAGAUUUCCCUACUGGGGCAUGAACUUCACCUGGGCAGGGCUGGCUUGGCCAUUAAAUGAAGACAUG